GUGACAAGCUGCUGUCCCCCUCUGCCCAUCAGCGACAGAGUGAAAGUUUACAUUGUCUGACAUCCGCCAAGAAACGGACAGUCAUGAGGCCUUUAAACCUCCUUGUGUUGCUGGUGGCCAUCAUUUCCAUCACGAAUGCUAAACCGGUUGUGGAGGACCAAGUGAAUUCGUUCGAGACUCGGCAGAAACGAGACUUGAAUACGUACGGGGGAGACGAAGAAGAAGAAGAGGAAAGUGACGAUAACGAUGACGAAGAUGACGAUGAAGAUGCCGAAAGUGACGGCAUGAUUCUUAUGAUCAGACAAGUCGUGGGCGGCCGAGGAGGCUGCGCAGGCAGGAGAGGAUGUCCCUAGGAAUACCAGAGAAGGAUUUUAAAGCAAUUAUCUGAGGGUACUUUUGAGGUGUUUGAAAAGAAGGAAAAAACAGAUGGAUUUGAGCGUGAAAGUUUUCAUAUGAAUAUAU